UCCAUAAUUUGCAAAUUGCUUAGAGACAUUCUAUAAAUACAUCAUCAUGUCUAUGUAUUUUGAUCAUUAGAUAACCUGCGUAGUUAUCCAAUAUUUACCUUCCUUCCUUACAACGUCUGAAAUUGUCUCACCUAAUCAACCUGAUAUCUAUACCAACGUACGUCGGCGCCAUUGUAUUUUAGGAGUUUUCUGGAGAAAAAAAAAAUGAAGGAGAACGCAGGAAACCCUCUCCAUCUCACGUCACUGAACCACGUGUCCCUCUUGUGCCGAUCCAUUGAAGAAUCCAUGAACUUUUACCAAAAGGUGUUAGGGUUCUUCCCUAUUCGAAGACCUGAGUCUUUAAAUUUUGAAGGCGCUUGGUUGUUUGGACAUGGAAUUGGAAUACAUCUCUUGCGUUCCUCAGAGCCAGAGAAACUUCCUAAGAAAACCGAAAUCAAUCCCAAAGACAAUCAUAUCUCUUUCCAGUGUGAGAGCAUGAAGGCAGUGGAGAAGAAGCUCGAGGAAAUGGGGAUAAAGUAUGUGAGGGCGAUAGUUGAAGAAGGAGGGAUCCAAGUGGAUCAGCUAUUCUUCCACGAUCCAGAUGGCUUCAUGAUUGAGAUAUGCAACUGUGAUAGUCUCCCCGUUGUCCCUCUCAUAGGAGGGAUGGCUCGGUCCUGCUCCAGAGCUAAACUUCAUCAGAUGGUGCAGCCACAACAACAGACUCAGAUGCACCAAGUGGUCCACCCUUAACAGUGAACUCUGUUUUUGUUAUCAUUGUGUGUGUUUUGUAUGUAUUGUUGUGCUUGUUUUAGAGUGUCAUGAAUAAGAGAGACCGUCGUGAAUCAGUGAAUGUGAUUCCACUCGAGGAAAUGAUCAUUCUCCUUGCUCUCUUUCUAUAUGGUAUAACCAAGAAUUAAUGCAAUAAUGUUUAUAUAUUUUAUGUUUUAAGUCCCACAACGUUUUUCUUUAUGUGCCGUACUCCAUAUCUAGGUUGAAUUAAC